GAUAUUAUUAUUGUCUAAAGGGGAGACCCGAGAAAGAGCGAGACCAGUUUUGACUUUUUGGACAUUGUGUGUUUUCGAUUCGAUCUUUUUUUUCUGAAGUUAACAAUGCUGGUACUAUCAAUAAGAACACCAAGAUUUGGGAAGUCUCUGCUGAAGAUUUUGACAAUGUCAUCAUGGUUAAAGGAGUAGCAAAUGUGGCUGCGCCAUUUUAUCCCUUUGAUGUUCCCACGGAAGCAAGAAAUUACUGUAAAUAUGUCUUCUGGAUGGUGGAAGAUCUGGUGCUGCCCUGUGUGACUGUGAUCCCCAUGGAUGUCUCUGUCCUUGAGGAUCUUAUCAGAUAGAACACACAAAAAAGGUGAUGGUUCCUUCUACGUGGCUUGGCACUGGGGAAAAUUGGACACUGAUGAAGACAAUCAGAAAACUACGAAGACGGAAAGUUCUCCAAGAGUUAAGGUGUUGGAGUGUUUGGUGUCUGACACAUUGUUUCCAUGGAAUGAUUUGCAAGCAAAACUGAAUGGCGAGUUUCUGAACAACCUAGGCAACUCUGUUAAUCGAGCUCUGAGUUUUAUAGCAAAGCACAUGAUAAUGCAGGCUGAGAAACAUCCUAAGGCAAAUGCAUUGUAUGUAGAAGAAAUUGAUAUUGGGGGUGGUGAAAUUAAUUACCGCUUGAGGAAAUGCAGAACCGUAUGGUUUCUGUUCUUUGUAACUUGAAGCCGGCUACAAAUGAGGGAUAUUGUGUUACAAGCAAUGGUUCUUGCAGCUUCCAGUAGUGAGGAAAGCAAGGUAGAGUUCACAGGACAGGAGUAUCUGAACUGUUUGUAGUUCCGCUAUGUUCAUUUCGAUUGUAUAGCAAAUUGUUCUUUGCUGGAAACCCUGAAUCUGCUAGUAUUGGAAAGCGAGUUACAUUCAGCUUUUAGCAACCAUACAAUUUGAGAUUUUAAUUCUUUUGUGUCGAACUAAUUGAUGUUUGUCUUCAAUUUUUUUUAACUCUUCUGACUGUAAUAACAAAGACAGUUGGUC